CAUGACUAGAUAUAUAAAUGUAUUUUUCUCAUGUAUAUAUUAUUGCUCUGUUACUAAGCUUUUGUUGCAUGUUUUUAAUUUAUUUAGACUUGUACUACUGUAGUGGUUUCAUACAAUUAUUUAAUCAACUUGAUUUUUGCACACGAAAUAUAUUUUACACUAAAAAUAAGGAAGGAACAUGAGAUUUAUAUUUAUUCGUUUGUUUUGAAUGAUUCCAGUAAGGAUACACUAAAAAAACUUGAAAAAAAAAUCUCAUUUUUUUCCGAAAAUGGCUGAAUGGUGCCAUAAGUAUGUGACCAAACCUGAAACCUAGGGGUCCUGGAAAAAGUAGGCAGGACUUCCAGAGCCAUAGGGCCAUCUCAUUGGACAGGAAGGAGGGGCGUGUAGUCUAAGGCUGGAGUCUGACUGGUGGAUUAUAAUAGCGGUGGGGGAUUGGGCGGGGCAUGGAAACCUGUCAGAACUAUAAGAACAGGACAGGUGUAGAUCUCCCUAGUGACACAGCUGGGCAUUGGAGCUGGUUGGGAAUUUGCUGCUGGAUCGUGAUUCCAUCAGAAAAUGCCGAUUUGUUGAAGUUGAACUGUUCUGUAGGAAUGUGUCAGUUGCAACAAAACUUUUGCAGGAAGCAGGCAGGUCCCUUGCCUGCGCAGGCACUCCCUGGCUCUGCGGCAGCCUGCCUGGCAGUCGGCUGGGGAGUCUGGGCUUCUAGGGUUCCCAGCGCUGGCCAGCCCGGCAGGUGGGCUGCGGGGGAACCAGGUCUCUGAGAGCUUCCAGGCUCCCUGACAGCUUCUGUGGAACUGGGAGUCCACUGUGGAACAUGGACGGACAGAGUGACGGACUAAGGGACAGUUGGACAUACUGACACAGCAGACAGACAGACAGACUGCCUGAUCUACUGAGGCAAUAGCCCCUGGUAUGGGUGGCAUGGCCGGGGUCGGGUGGGAGGGGAGCAGGAGGGUGCUACCCUCGCUGGUCCCUCAUACGAAGCUUCCCUCACCCCAGGACGCAGACCCCUCUGAAGUUUACCGGCCAGAGGCAGGGGCUGAGCAUGGCAAGCUGAAAACAGACUACAGGAAUUACACGGCUGGGCCGCUGCUGGAUCGCGUGUAUAACACCUACCUGCUGAUGCACACGCACCAGACCGUAGACUUUGUCCGGAAGAAGGGCGCAGAGUAUGGAGCCUGCGCCCAGCGCCGAAUGAGCAUCAUGGAGGCCUUGGAUUUACUGGACAACGUGGUGGAUGAAUCGGACCCGGAUGUGGACUUUCCCAACUCCUACCACGCGUACCAGACUGCCGAGGGCAUCCGCCGGGCCCACCCGGACAAAGACUGGUUCCAGCUGGUCGGGCUGCUGCAUGACAUGGGCAAAAUCCUGGCCCUGGCCGGGGAGCCUCAGUGGGCCGUGGUGGGUGACACAUUCCCCGUGGGCUGCAGGGUCCAGGAGUCCGUUGUCUUCAGCGACUCCACCUUCCACGACAACCCUGACACAAAAAACCCCCUGUACAACACACAGUAUGGGAUCUACCAGCCUCACUGCGGCCUGGCCAACGUGCUUAUGUCCUGGGGACAUGACGAGUACAUGUACCAAGUCAUGAAAUUCAACAACUUUGCUCUCCCUCAGGAGGCUUUCUACAUGAUCCGCUUCCACUCGUUCUACCCCUGGCACACGGGCGGGGAUUACAUGCACCUGUGCAGCAACGAGGACCUGCACAUGCUGGCCUGGGUCAAGGAGUUCAACAAGUUUGAUCUGUACACCAAGUGCGAGGACCUGCCCGACGUGACGCAGCUGAAGCCCUAUUACCAGUCCCUGAUUGACAAGUACUGCCCAGGCCAGCUGUGCUGGUGACCAGCCGAGCAGGCACCUGCCUGCCCCCAAGGCCGCAUCCUCACCCAGUCCCCUACCCUCACCCAGCUGGAUGAGCUCAGUCCAUGAGCACAACAGAAACCAGCCUCAAGGCUCCAGGAAACAACCCUCCUCAGGCCUGGCCCUGCAUUCCCCCACCACUCAGCCUGCAAGGAAGGCCUCUGAGCCAGUGCAGCUGGGCUGUGCUGGGCUGCUAGGGGAGACAACAGCCCCGCACCAGCAAAGGCACAUGGAGGUGCAAGCAGUGAGAUGAGCUGGUUCUGCUCGCUGCCACAUUUCUCAUUCUGUUCCCCACUCCUGCUUGCUGAGGCCCGGGUACUGCAGAAUGGCACGUGGGCAAAGAGCAUGCUGCAGCUGCCCCACCCCUCACAGCACUGCUCCGGUUUGCCCUUUACUCUGCCCCUGCACAAGCCCCCAUCGGCAACAGCAAGAGCUGAAAGCCCCCAGCCCAGCUCAGAGUGUUAGCUCUCUGCAGCCAGGGGGCGGGUAUGGCAGACGGUGUGUGAUCACCUUCUCCAGGAGAGCGCCGCUGUGCUGGGGGGGUCAUUCCUAGAACUCAAUAAAUGGGGUGUUAGCAUACAGUGCUGGACCUGUUACAUGCCUGCUGCAGAGCCCCACAGAACUAGCCUCACAGCAAAGGAGGUGGGGGUACUGAGCUGAUGCUGGGCCUCAGCCUCUCCCCACACACCACGUUGGGGCCACCCCUAAAUCAUCUUGACUGGCCUGGCUCUCUUAAGAGGGCUGCCGCCACCAUUGCUGCAGCUUUCCUGCAACCAAUCGUCUGCCCCUGCCCUUCCUCCUUCACCACCAGCACGCACCCCGGCCUGGCCCCCAAGGCUCCAGCACGAACUCCGAGCACCAGGCUGACCUGCUGCGAGCUGGGUAACCGGCUGCAGCAGACCCCAGCCUCCCCAUGCCAACUACUUUCCGCUGCCCCAGUAACAAUUGGUGCCUCUUCUUGAUGAGCCAUGGCCUGGGCUUGACUUCCCCUUCUGACUCUGGGGAGCAGCACACACUCGCUUUUACCUCCACUCCAGCCUCAG